CACAAAUGGACCUGCUGGACCUCCCUUAGAAGUGUGUUCUAGAUUUAAUAAACAACAAUACAGGUGGCCCCACGCAAGCAUGUGCAAUAAAGAUAUAAUGUUAGAUUUCUUACAGGUCGUAAAUGUGUGCUCAGAGCCUUUCUAAAUAUAUACUGAAGUGUUUUGCAGUGCAUUGCAAAAGAGAAGCGAAUUGGGCUCAGUUCUCUUGUGCAAAACUCCUUUAAACGGUCCCAUUAUUGUUGGUUGUACUGUAGUUGCACUUCUGUGUUGCUUUGUGAAGGAGGAGCAAGUAACACUACCUUGUUACCAUUUUAAAAAAAAAAAGAACAGAGCAAGUUUAUACUGCAAGGCUUUCCUGGUGAGGAAACAAAAUCAAAAACUUUCAAAUUUUAAAGUAUUUAAACAGCUGACGCAAGGGGAAAAAAAAAAAAAAAACUGGUAUCUGCUGGUUUGACCUUAGCUUUGGACAAGCACCUGACUUUGUAACAGGACACCUACAUUACGUUUUUAAGCCAAAAAAAGAGCAAAUUUUUUCUUUCCUUUGAACUGAAGCAACUAGUGUUUCGAUUUGAGUGUACCUUGCUGAGAUUAAAAGCCUGCCCGUAGACUCUCCUUGGGUGUGUCUAUUUAACUAAAACAAAUACUGUACCCCAUUGGAGCCGUGUAUGUGUGACAUGUGUGUGUGUGUGUGUGUGUGUGUGUGUGUGUGUGUGUGUGUGUGUGUGGUUCGUAAUUUAAAAUGAGCUCCUGUCAAGGGAGGUCAGCUUUGGCCGCAGUUUUGGAAGUACUCUGUCAAGCCUGAAAAACAGGACCGCAUUGAGCCCUGCUGGGAGCUAGGUGACACGUGAUGAUGGUAGAAUCGGCAACUGAGACGAUUCGAACAACCCCCUCCAAUCAGAAUGGAGUCAGCAGCCUGAGCAGCCAACCAGACAGUGGCGGUCGAGAAGGCGGGUCCAACGGGGACGCCUCUGGUGAAGUGAAUCCUGUAGACUUGCUGCACCUCCAGCAACAGCAGGCUCUUCAGGCAGCGCGGCAGUUCCUCCUUCAGCAGGCGACUGGCUUGAACAGUAACGAGAAUAAGCAGGCGGCCGUGCAGGUCCCAGUGUCUGUGGCCAUGAUGACACCCCAGAUGAUCACCCCUCAACAGAUGCAGCAAAUCCUGUCUCCUCCGCAGCUCCAGGCUUUGGUUCAGCAACAGCAGGCUCUGAUGUUACAACAGCUGCAAGAAUACUACAAGAAGCAACAGGAACAGCUGCAUCUCCAGCUCCUUACACACCAGCAGCAGCAGCAGCAGCAACAAGCAGGCAAACAGGCCAAAGAGCAGCAGCUGGGGAAUAAACAGUUGGCGUUCCAGCAGCAGCUGAUCCAGAUGCAGCAGCUGCAGCAGCAGCACCUCCUGAACCUGCAGAGGCAAGGCCUGGUGAGCCUGCAGCCCAGCCAGGGUGCCGUGCCUAUGCAGAGCCUGCAGCAAGCAAUGUGCCCUGCAGACCUCCAGCAGCUCUGGAAAGAUGUAGCCGGCAUGCAGAACCAAGAAGACAACAUGAAGCAUGAAGGUCUAGACCUGACAACCAACAGUUCAAACUCUACCUCUUACUCGGCCUCCAAGGUCUCACCUCAAAUAACCCAUCACUCUUUGCCAAAUGGACAGAACUCUGUUCACACUCCAAAGAGAGAGAGAGCAAGAGUCUUUGACUGGAUCUCCUCCUUCAUGAAGGCUGAACCUGCAGACGAGUACCGAACACCACACUUGAAAAGCGGUUACCAACAAAACACUCACUCUUCCCAUGAGGAGCACACAGGCUCUCACCCUCUCUAUGGACAUGGAGAGUGCAAGUGGCCAGGCUGUGAAGCUCUAUGUGAGGACAUGGGACAGUUCAUAAAGCACCUCAACAGUGAACAUGCACUAGAUGACCGGAGUACUGCACAGUGCCGGGUUCAAAUGCAAGUGGUUCAACAGCUAGAGAUACAGUUAUCCAAGGAGAGCGAGCGUCUGCAAGCAAUGAUGACGCAUCUGCAUAUGAGGCCAUCGGAGCCAAAGCCUUUCAACCAGCCCCUCAAUCUGGCAGCCAGUGCCUCUCUUUUGAAGAGAGAGGGGGACACUUUUCCGGAAGGUUUACCUCACCCCCCCACCUCAGCCACAGCCCCCAUCACCCCCCUGCGCCAGGGGCCCUCUGUCAUCAGCUCCUCCAGCCUGCACAGUGUAGGGGGGGCCAUCCGCCGGAGGAACUCUGAUAAGUUCUGCACCCCCAUCGCCUCGGGUAAGGGCCAUGGAGGCUACUGCAGUUUACAGCUCCAGUUAGCAAUGGAGCUUGCACAGAAUCAGGAAUUCUACAAAAAUGCCGAUGUCAGACCUCCCUUUACCUACGCCUCGCUCAUACGACAUGCUAUAUUGGAAGCCCCCGAUAGGCAGUUAACCCUGAAUGAAAUUUACAACUGGUUUACACGAAUGUUCGCCUAUUUCAGGAGAAACACAGCAACAUGGAAGAAUGCAGUACGCCAUAACCUGAGCCUGCACAAGUGCUUCGUCCGAGUGGAGAAUGUGAAGGGGGCUGUGUGGACAGUGGAUGAAGUUGAAUACCAAAAGAGGAGACCACCAAAGAUGACUGGAAGCCCAACUUUAGUAAAGAAUAUGAUUUCAGGACUUGGCUAUGGAUCUCUUAACGCAAGCUAUCAGGCGGCCCUGGCAGAGAGCAGCCUACCCCUGCUCAACAGCCCCACCCUGUUGAACACGUCGACUGGCAGCAGCAUGAACAUGCUCCACGUGGGCCACGAUGACGUCAGCAGCACCGUGGAGCAGAUCCACAGCAAUGGCAGCAGCAGCCCGGGGCUUUCCCCCAGGCAGUACGGGCAUCAAAUUCACGUCAAGGAAGAGCCCGCCGAGUUGCUAGAGGAAGACAACAGGCCUGUGACGCUCAUGACAACAAUGAACCAGAACCUGACGUUGCCUGGCGACGAGAGAGAUAUGGAGGAGGAGCUGCCAGCGGUGGAGGAGCUGGAGUAGGAGCGUGUGUUCUCCAGCACUGCUUUCUCUACGACUUGUAAAGUAAAAACAAAACAAACAGGGUCAGGCCUCACAUCUGCUCAAAAACUUUUUAGCCACAGCACUGGGGCUCUUCAGAUCACCACUCAAGGCCCAUAGGCUCUCCAGAAAGUCUUUCUAUAUAGAUACAUAUAUAUUUCUUUUGGUUAGUUUUAUCUUCUCCUCUUCUGCUCAAAUUUCGUUGUUGAAGACCGGUGACCAAAAUCUGGAUUGGAUGCUUCCUUGACCACAAAGGAAGGCAGUGUCCCUCUUCACUGCUUCUUCGGAUCAACUGCUAUACAAUGUGAAGUGACAUGUAUUGGUGCUUUGGGCAUCUUGAGAAGAAGGGGGGUGGGGAUCCACUUGGAGGUACAUCUCUUACUAUACCUUAUCAGUAUGGAUACCAGUGUUUUCUGAUUUAAUCACAUUGCUUUUUCUGAAAUAUACAUUUGUUGGAGGGAUGGGGAGGGGGGUGUUGAAAAUUACCUCAAAAAAUGCAUCCAUUGAAUGGACCCACAAUGACUAACGGACCGCUGACUGACUCCUGAAGACCAGUCCCCUUGGUGUGUUCCCCGUGUCUUGAAAAACACCUAGAAAGGUACCUAACCCCUUCUCAAACACAUUGGUCAACAUCGUCGGCCAACAGACUGCAUUAAGGAGAACUGAAGAUAAAGAUCUGUUUGGCCUCUUUUUCAGGUGUGGGUGGUAGUGGUGGUGGUGGUGCUGGUAGUUAUUUCCAAUGUUUUUAGAUCAAGGCGCUAAGUGAUAUGCUUCUAAUUACAGGCAACAACAUCAUAGCACUAUCAACAAAAUUAAUUAUGAACAGACAAAAUUGGGCCCUCCUGAAUUUGUUUGGGUGCUCUGCUCAGCUGUAUCGGACAACUCCCAAAUAUUUUUAAAUUUGGUUUGCGUUAUUUUUAAUUGGGGAUUCCUCAGGAAAAUCAAGGGACCAGGCCCUCCAAUCUGAGACGAGUUUUAUGGCCUCUGAAAAUCUAAUGAAGUCUUGCUUUAAUGGUCUUCAGUGUCCUGUCCUCCAACUAGCAGCUCCCAGUGACACCGCGUACUUUUAAAUACUGUCAUUUCCACGGGAGUGACUGUAAAGGGGAAUGUACAGCAGCAGUUAUUGCUAAAGAUCACAAACCUAAGGAUGACAUUUUACAGUUGCUACACUAGAUGUCUCAAGUUAACAAGUAUUGUUUUCAGCCCAUAAGUAUAUCUGUCUCCCUCUAACUUUAUUAUUUAUUUAAUUUUUUUUUUUUACAAAAUAGCACUUC